GUGCAAACAUCGAAGUGCAAAACAAGCCGCGCUUUCUGAAUGAAAGCAGCGAAAACCGAUCUCUGCGGGCUAGCAGUCAAGAGUCCGGGGGAAUUGGCACUUGGGGCAUUUGGACUGAGCAUUCGUGAAUGCGCUGGCUGAAGCCACCUGUUCCGUUUCAAGUUGGGGUGCUAGAAGUUAGCAGCAAUGAAUUCGACGUUAGUGAAUCAGACUGCCAGUCUUGUGUACUCUAACCGCACCGAUUCUCCGGAUUCGAUCAUCAGAUGCUGUAGCAAUAACUACUCCUCGGUGGUGACCGACGAGGACUUCGUGCUGACCGCUCCCGAUGAGAGAAACCUUUACAUCAUGAGAGUGGUCCAGAUCGCAGUGAUGUGUCUAUCUCUCACCGUCGUUUUCGGGAUAUUUUUUCUCGGCUGUAAUUUGCUGAUCAAAUCAGAAGGCAUGAUCAACUUUUUGGUCAAGGACAGGAGACCUUCCAAAGAGGUAGAAGCCGUAAUUGUCGGUCCAUAUUAACAGCGCCCACUAAAACAACAAAAUGAUGACAGCGUUUCAGAUUGCUGAUAACGCCUUUGCCAUGAACUCCUGUAGACAUGCCCUGCACCAGCCCAGAGAUAUAAAGGGACCUUUUGUGCAGAUCAGUAUUUCAAGCGUAGAAAGAGGAAACCAAGCACUUGGGAUGGACCCUGACAAUGUCUGGUUAACAGUGGACUUUGGUCAGAAACGUAACGGCGAUAUUUUGGACCGUCUUCUGGCAUUGACCAGACACUGACUAUACCCUGUCUGAAGCCAUUUGCCAAUUUCUUUCUGUGGCCAAAGUAGAUCAAUAAAGAAUGUAUAGGAAUCAUUGCACAAGGCAAAAAGAGCAGUUCAAAACUUGCUACGUGAACGACUUUCCCGACUGCUGAGUUGUAGAUAUAAUCGCCUUCUUUAUUGCGCUCUGAUAUUUUUGUAAAAUAGUUAUCCUUUUAUUGGAAAUCGGCAGUGCAUCUUGGACGUCCGUCGCUUACAAUUUUCCUACAAAACAUUUCAAUCCCUUUUUUUGGCAAAACCGUGUAAUGUCAAAUGUAUUUUUAAUGUAAUUGUAUAAAUUGCAAUUUAAUAGGAAUUAUCUAUUUCAGAACGGCAGGUUGUCAGUACGGUCACUGAGCCUUUAGCAUAUAUCCGCACGGGUAACAAACGUGUUAUGAGAAGUCCACAGCAUUUUGU